AUGAGUGAGGGCGAGGAGGAGGGGGCGGAGGACGAGUAUGAGGGGCACGAGGGGGAAGGGACGCCGACGGUUGCGUCACUGGUUAAUGAGCGCUCUGAGAGCAGGGCUCAGGCACUGGUGCCGGCUCCGAUGCAGCCGGGAGAGGAGGAGUUGAGAGGUUUCCGGAGGCUAGGGUUGGGUAGGGAGACAAUUGGUAUCCCCAGCCUGGAUAGUCUCCUCUAGACAAAGCUGGAUUUUGGUAUACUCUUUCGAAUAUCACCCAUUCUUCGAGUAAGGCUAAAUGUUUGAGUUUUAGAUGAGCCCAAAAACUCUCUUCGACAGUCUGAAGCUAUCCCCAUGGCUUCCUCCUCCUCUUCAGCUUUGGGGGUCAGUGAGAGCUCUAUCUUCGGGAGCAUGCAAGGAUCGAAAGCGACCUUUGGAAGUUAUUUGAAGUACGUCGGGAGCCAUCAGAAGAGCUACUGUUUCGGAACGCUCCUUUUCGGAUAUCUGAGCUUGGUUAUGCUAUGCUGCGAAAUAGAUUCCCGAGGGCAGAAAUAACGACGAGGCUGUCUUUGGCGCAGGUGAGGUGUGCUUACGAGGGAUAUAACACUUCUCAGUAUGCGACUGUAGACUUCCUGGGACUCCUGAGCCGAUAACCUCGGUUCUCUCCAGGGCUAGAACAGAUAGGGUCUUCCCGAACAACUACAAUCCCUGUCACUCGUUCGCCAUUCUCAUAAUCGAUUUCUUGAACUUAAACACCGCCGCUGAUAUCCUGCACACAUCCGAAGAAUCCGUCCUUUCCUUUCGCCCUCCUUUACUCUGCCAUAUAUCAUGACUCUGCAAAGUGAAUCAACCGCUAUCCAGCCACCAAAUUGUGCAGGAGCAAAAUCACGGGUGAAAAUACCGAUUUCACCUGGGCGAGAGGCUAUUGGCCAUUCUUUCGGUGGUGUGCCAUCAUCCCACACCUGCAAUUUAGAAUCAAGCUCGCUAAAAGGAAUUAGGCCGGGAAGCUCAGUUUCGUAGAUUCUACCAUUAUCAAUAAGUAGAACGAGUCCCAACUUUACGAACUUUUGAUCCCUUUC